CUAUAAACUGCACGCAUAGCACGGACUACUCCAGUGUUUGGCGGGAAAUUGUAAACAGCGACUAUAUAAGGAAGAACACGCGGUGUGUGCGCCAUAUCCAGUCCCAACUGAUACCCUUGACAGACGAACGGAACAAAAUCAAGAUGCUGUCAUACUUUGUAUGUGCUAUCCUUGUGAUGUCUUCAUUUGUUGAUGCAAAUGAAUUAGAUACGGAAGCCUUAGAGGGGUUCCAGUCUGCAAUCUACGGAUCCAUCAUGGCUCAUUUAGAUGCAGAGUACCAGCUACUGCAGCCCCUCAUUGCGCAACAGAAUCAGAGCAUGGACCGUUGCAGAGGUCAGAUCACGGUAGCGCAAGAAUCCUGUAAAACGUGCGCCAGUAGCCAUUGUCAAGGCGAUUUUGGAGACUGGAUCAUGGGUGGACUUGGCGAGAUGGGUGGCUGGUUCAAGGGAGCUGGCAAUAGUUUCGUCGACUGGCAGGGCUGGCAGGACAUUGGAGGUUUCUUCGGAGACAUCGGUGACUGGUUUGGAGGUGCCGCAAAUAGCUUUGUGAAUUGGAAGGGCUUUGAUGACAUGAAGAAUUUUUUCGGUGGUAUCGGCAACGCCUUCUCCAGCGGGUUCAAUAGCAUAAAGCAUACAUUUAGUAGUUUGGGCAGUUCGAUGGGCAGUGGACUGAGCAGUUUUGGCACAACACUUGGCUCCGGAUUAAGUGAUUUUGGCAAUACCUUUAAGAGCGGAUUGUCAAGUGUGUUUGGCCGUCGUCGUCGUGACGUUGGACCACAGGCCAUGACGGCACGCAAACUCAAGACGAUUAGGCAUCGUUACAUGGCCAAACGAGUGGAGGAACUUGACCCAGAAACCAGACAGUGUAUGGAGCAGUGUAGUGAAUGCACGCCUUUCCUUGGGGACCAAACAGCUUUGAUAGGUGGAGUGUGUGGCGAUCAGAUGUUACUUGACCAAGCAGCAAUGUCUGAGGUGAUGACCAACAUGCAAGCCCUCUUCAAUGCCAACGGAAACCCUCUACAAGGAACAACGCCUAUCGUCUCCAAGAUCGAAUUCGACCAGUCUGAUAUCAGCCUUACCGACUUCAGCGUGGGAGGAGUUUAUGUCACUGCCAAAACUCCCAAUGGAGUGGUGAGGUACCCGAGUAACUACAGAUACAAGAUGCAAUCGCCACAAACUACCGCCGACGAGAUAGCACAGGAACUUAUCGAAAAAUGGAACAUUUAGAUAUUUACAGAAACUGAACGUUAUUUACGUCAAGUAAAUUCAUAUAAUACCACAUUAUUUACCAGCAUUAUAAUACUAGAUUUGUUUAGUUCUUGAUAUUGUUAAUUGUUAUGUAUAGUAUUAAUAAAUAUUUGUGACUAUAA